GAAUGUUAACUAUGUAAAAAUAGAUGUACACUUUAUCUUACAAUAUGAAAGCCAUUGUCCAAAACAUUAUAUAUAAGAAGCUUAAAGAGCAACUUGGUAUAGUUAUGAAGUUAUCUUAACUAAUGUAUUAUUCUUGUCGAAAGAUUCAUUUGUAUCAUUUUUUGUUUCAGUGAUCACAUCCUGGUGUUUUUUUAAAACUCGUAUAAGUUGAAAGCACCCCUGUAGCUAUCCGAAUCAUCUCUGAUCUCAGAGUCCCUCUGGUACACCAGGGUGUAACCAUUAACCUGCACCCCUGUCACACUCUGUCCGUACUGGAUAUAAGAAAUUCAUCAGUAAGAAAACUCACAUAGAGCACAGGUCUAAAGUUAAACUUGUGUACCAGAAUAACCUAGAGAGUUUUUAUGAGGUAUUUGUAGGUGCAUUAACUAUCAGAGUAUUAAAAAGUCCACAGGAAAUGAUAGAAAGUGAAUCUAACCAAGAAGAACACAUCAGUUAACUGUAGUAUUUAACGCCAAUACCAAGAUGCUCCUUAAAAUACGUUAUUUAGCUGCUGUGCACAAUUAGUCACUCUCAACAUGAUUAAUGGUAGCCAUGGAAUACUUAAUAAACUGUAAUAAUAUGGCACAUUUUUAACUGCUUUCAGCAUUACUUUUAUUUAUUUAUGAAUUUUAAUUCACCAGAUGAAGCAUUAAACACGUUGGGUCAAUUGCAGCGUACCAGUGAUUUAGUCACAUCAAGUGGACUAAAAUGCGGUCUAGAAAAUCCGCAAAUCUGUACUAACUUAACCUUUUGCGGUCCAUUGUCGGACUGGAUCCGACAUUGUAAUUAUUCCUCACAGGUCCUUUGUUGGACUGGGUCCGACAUCAUUAUAGCAACGCAAAAAACGUGUUUCUAGUCGUUUUUUCUCCGGAAAAAGCCGAGAAAACCAUUCAAUUGCCAAGUGGAAGCGACAGGAGCCAAGACAAGUCGGAAAAAAAAAACAAAACAAAAAAAAGGCAUAUCUCAUGAAUAGUCAUACAUGGUAUCUGGUGUCAGAUAACGGGGCGGUCGUAAGUAAACAAGCUGGCUGACUGAAUCAGCGCACAGAGAACACGGACAUUUGCAGAGCUUUUUUGAGAUGUUAUAGUAAUAAAAUAAUGACUUGGAUCGCAUUAUUGAGGAGUUUGGUGAUAAAACGAGUGAUCAGGAGAUGAUCGACGGGUAUGUACGACUAUUAUUAUUAUUAUUUAUUUCUUACAUAGGUGAAAGCUAUAGCGAACGAAAGGGUGGGGUGGGGCUGGAGAUGACUAGUGAGCGCUUUGUUGAUAUGCAGGGCCAUUUAAACCCGUUUGACUGUGGAAAAAAAUACUUUUAAACAGCACGUCUAAAAUUAACUGCGCGUGUGAAAAUGAAUUAGACCUGAUGUGCCUGACGCGCGAUUAAUAAAUGGACCGCAAAGGGUUAAUCCUGGUUGCAGUGUACCAAACUGAUUGGAACAAGUUAGACCGAUAGUGAGAACUAACCUACAGCUAUGGCCAAAAGUUUUGCAUCAACCUAUAGAAUGAAUUAAUUUAGCUUCAUAAAGUCAAAUAAAAUCUGCUGAAUAAUGUUACAUUAAUAAUAAAAUGACAUACAGCUUUGUAGUUUUCUAUAUAUUUAAUGCAAAACUGACAAAUGGAAAAAUUUGACAUUUCGAAAUCUAACAUGAAAUAUUGUACUACUAUUGUGGCUUCCAGUAGACUUUUGCGAUGAAAUUCUAGGUGACACAAAACCUUUGGCCAAAGCUGUACAAACCCUUCUUUACUAAUCCGGAAUGCGCAAUUCAGUGUCAGAUAAAUACAGUGCCUAUAGAAAGUCUACACCCCCUUUCAAAAUGUUCACCUUUUGUUGACUUAUAGCCUGGAAUUAAAAUGCAUUACAAUAGUGUUUUUUUUCAUUGAUCUACACAUCCUACCCUACAACUUCCAAGUGAAAAAAAUUCUAGAAAUUUGUAGAAAAUUAAUAAAAAACAAAAACUGAAAUAGCUUGGUUGGAUAAGUGUCCACCCCCCUUGUAAUAGCAAUCCUAAAUUAACUCAGGUGUAACCAAUCGCCUUCAAAAUCACACACCAAGUGGCCUCCACUGGUGUUAAAUUGUAGUGAUUCACAUGAUUUCAGGAUAAAUUCAGCAGUUCCUGUAGGUUCCCUCUGCUUGGUAGUGCAUUUCAAAGCAAAGAUUCAAGCAUGGGCACCAAGGAGCAUUCAAAAGAACUCCGGGACAACGUUGUUGAAAGGCACAGAUCAGGGGAUGGGUAUAAAAAAAGAUCAAAUGCCUUGAAUAUCCCUUGGAGCACGGUUAAGACAAUUAUUAAGAAGUGGAAGGUCUAUGGCACCACCAAGACCCUGCCUAGAUCAGACCGACCCUCCAAACUGGAUGACCGAGCAAGAAGGAGACUAAUCAGAGAGGCUACCAAGAGGGUGUCACAAAGACGGCCGGAGUGGGUGGCGUCAGACCAGAAACAGGAACACAAACGACAGAGAGAUGUGGUUUGGUAUAAGCUGGGCGCGUGAUCGCGCUCAGCAUUUAAUAAACAGAAAAUAAAAGGUUUGAACAGACAAAAACACGGGACACGGCACUUGCGCCAAAAUAAACAGACAUACAAAACGGACUAACACUAAACAAACGGUGCAGGACAGACAAACAAACACGGUGAGUACAAACACUUUACGUUUACUUUACUUUAUUUUACUACUACUUAUUCCCCUCUCUCUCUCUCUUUCUCUCUCUCACCCGUUCUCCUCUUCCGAACACCCAACAACCACGAGUGACUAAACGUGCAUCUAUUUAUACUGUUUGUGCUGGGAUUCAAUUACUAAUUAAUUAUUCACUUGAAUCCCAGCACGUGAAUUCAUUACGUGAAACCCCGUGUUCACAUAUUAUAUUUUAAAUGCACGUGCGUGAUGUGCAAUCCCGUGCCUAAAUACAAAUAUACACUUUUUAAAUACACGUGAAACACAGACCCGUUUAUAUCCCGUGUACCAAUGACUAUACACCAACAUUUACACACGCAACAUACAACACAUAACACAAAUGCACACAGGGGCGGGGCGCUUUGCCACAGAGGGCAAUGACAACUUUGCAAGAACUACAGACUACAGACUGGUCAAAGUGUGCAUGUGACAACAAUAUCCCAAGCACUCCACAAAUCUGGCCUGUAUUUUACUCAAGAAAGACCACCUUGAAUCCCAUUUGAAGUAUGCAAAAAAACACUCAGGAGAUUCUGUAGCCGUGUGGCAAAAAGUUUUGUGGUCUGACGAAACUAAAUUUGGAACUUUUUGGCCUAAAUUCAAUGCGUUAUGUUUGGCACAAACCCAACACAGUGCAUCACCCAAAGAACACCAUCCCUACUGUGAAGCAUGGUGGUGGCAGCAUCAUGUUAUGGGGAUGUUUCUCAUCUGCAGGGACUGGGGCACUUGUCAGGAUAGAAGGGAAAAUGAAUGGAGCAAAGUACAGUGAAAUCCUUGAGGAAAACCUGCUGCCCUCUGCAAGAAAGCUGAAACUGGGACAGAAGUUCACCUUUCAGCAUGACAAUGACCCAAAGCACACAGCCAAAUCUUCACUGGAGUGGCUAAGGAACAAAAAGAACUUGUCCACGUUGCCUUCUACAAGAAUCUUGGGAACUCAUAUGAACCCAGAUAAUAUUCCAGUCUCAUUCUUUGAGAAGAAGUCUAAGAUACUUGUGGUGCUUCGCAACCCCAAAGACACAGCUGUCUCAUACUUCCAUUUUUACAACACAAAUCCUGUUCUGCCAACAUUUGAAUCCUGGGACAAGUUCUUCUCACAGUACAUGAGUGGAGAUGUCAUGUGGGGCUCCUAUUUUGACCAUGCAGCUGCUUGGGAAAAGUACAUCGACAGAGAGAAUGUAAAGAUUGUAACAUACGAAGACUUGAAAGCAAAUUUAACUGAAGGAAUAGAAGACAUUGCCAAAUACCUCAACUAUACACUGAGUGAUGACCAGAUCCAGACUAUUGCAGAAGAAUGUACAUUUGAUGCUAUGAAGGAAAAAUCUGCGGAGACGCAUGGUUCAUUUAGCAAAGUUAUAUUCAGGAAAGGUGGUGUUGGAGACUGGAAAAACCAUUUCAGUGAAGAGCAGUGCAAAGAGGUGGAUGCAAAGUUUGAGCAAUGCCUUGCAGGAACUAAGCUUGGGGCGAAGAUAAAGUAUGAAGUGCACUGCAAGUAAAGAAGUCUCUGCCACUAUAUGGUGAUACUAGUGGUUUGGCUAGUUAGAAAUUGUAAUAUAUAAAUACAUCAUGAGAUGUUACUGAAAAUUACAUAUUUUUUAAACUAAAUGUAACCCAAUGAAAAAGUUUGUUUCUGUAGUAUGACUUUGUAUUAACCCUUAGCGGUCCAUUUAUUCAGCGCGUCAAGUCCAAUUUAUUUUCACACACUCAGUUUAUUUUAGACGCGCUGUUUAAAAGUAUUUUUUUUCACAGUAAAACAGAUUUAAAAGGCACUGCAUAUCAACAGGACACUCAGUACUGCAUCUCACAGCGCCACCCCUUGUUCACUGUAUUUUUUACAUACCUCUUCAUAGUAGUGCAUACCGAUAAAUCAUCUCCUGAUCACUUGUUUUAUCACCAAACUCCUCAAUGAUGUGAUCCAAGUCAUUAUUUUAUUACUAUAACAUCUCAAAAAGCUCUGCAAAUGUCUGUGAUAUUCUUUGAGCGCUGGAUGCAGAAGCAGCUAUCUUGUUUGUUUAUGUCCGUGUUAUCUCUGUGGUGCCGGGGCUAUCUGUAUUCACGAGAUACACCCCUUUUAUAUAUAUAUAUAUAUAUAUAUAUAUAUAUAUAUAUAUAUUUUUUUUUUUUUGGCAUCUCUCGGCGCCUAUCGGUCUCACUUGGCCACUGAAUGGUUUUCUCGGCUUUUUCCGGAGAAAAAACGACUAGAGACCUGUUUUUUACGUCUUUUUGAUGAUGGCAGACAGUGUCCUACAUUGGACCGGAAAGGGAAAAUUGCAAUGUCGGACCUGCAAAGGGUUAACAAAAAAAAAAAAAAAACUACUAGCCAAAUUACAUUUGAAGACAUUAACUUUUUAAUAAAAAAAUAUUUGUAUGUACUGCACAGAU